UAACACAAUCAACAAAAUCUCAAUAUCCAAUACUUUGGUCUGCCUAACCAAACGGCGCCGUUGCACUAAUGAAUAGGCAAUAGCCUUGCCGUUGUCCUAAAAACCUCAGACAGUGUGCGUACUGCGUAGUAAGCAAGCGAAGAAGUAAUUGAAGUAAUCAAUGGCGGAGCCUAAAACCAAAUACGAUCGCCAGCUCAGGAUAUGGGGUGAACAAGGGCAAGCAGCUCUAGAGACAGCGAGCAUAUGUUUACUAAAUUGUGGGCCAACAGGUUCUGAGACUUUGAAGAAUCUUGUUCUUGGUGGUGUUGGAAGCAUAACUGUAGUCGAUGGAUCUAAGGUUGAAUUGGGUGACCUUGGAAACAAUUUUAUGGUGGAUGAAUCAAGUCUUGGUCAGUCAAAGGCCAAGUGUGUUUGUUCAUUCCUCCAAGAGCUAAAUGAUGCUGUUAAAGCUAAGUUUAUUGAAGAGUAUCCCCAGGCUUUAAUCGACACCAACCCAUCUUUCUUUUCUCAAUUUACCUUGGUUGUAGCUACUCAGCUGGUGGAAGAAUUUAUGGUGAAGCUUGAUAGAAUCUGUAGACAGGCAAAUGUGAUGUUGGUUUUUGCUCGCUCCUAUGGCCUAACAGGUUUAGUUCGAAUCAGUGUGAAGGAACACACUGUCAUUGAGUCAAAGCCUGAUCAUUUUCUAGAUGACCUUCGGUUGAAUAACCCAUGGCCUGAGUUGAGGGGGUUUGCAGAAGGUAUUGACCUAAAUGUGCAAGACCCUGUUGCCCAUAAACACAUACCAUAUGUUGUCAUCCUUGUGAAGAUGGCUGACGAGUGGACAAAAAGCCAUGGUGGUGCUCUUCCAUCAACCAGGGAAGAGAAAAGAGAGUUCAAGGAACUUCUCAAAGCCAGGAUGGUUUCAAUGGACGAAGACAACUAUAAAGAAGCUAUUGAUGCCUCCUUUAAAGUGUUUGCUCCUCGAGGAAUCAAUUCAGAUUUGAUGCGGAUUGUUAAUGAUAACUGUGCUGAAGUUGAUUCUAAUUCCUCUGACUUUUGGGUGAUGGCAGCAGCUUUGAAGGAGUUCAUUGCAAAUGAAGGUGGUGGGGAGGCACCACUUGAGGGGUCAAUACCAGAUAUGACAUCUUCAACUGAGUUAGUGAUUGAUCUGGACAAAAUUUCUUGCUAUUUGUUUUCUCUAAAAUUGAGGAUAACUGCUCUCUCAAUUCUCUUGUUCAGGCAUUAUGUAAACUUGCAGAAGAUCUACCAGGCUAAGUCUGAGGCUGAUUUUCUUGUCAUUGAACAACGAGUUCGGAAUAUUCUUAAGAAAAUUGGCAGAGAUCCACAUAGUAUCCCAAAGGCAAUGAUAAAAAGCUUCUGUAAAAAUGCAAGAAAACUCAAAGUUUGCAGGUAUCGCCUCAUUGAGGAUGAGUAUAAUAAUCCACCCCUUGCUGAGCUGCAGAAAUAUUUGACUGAUGAAGAUUACAGUUUUGCUGUGGGAUUCUAUAUUCUUCUAAGAGCUGCCGACCGCUAUGCUGCAAAUUUCAACAGUUUUCCCGGGCAGUUUGAUGGUGGAAUGGACGAGGAUAUAUCUCGGUUAAAAUCUACAGCUAUUAGCCUACUUAAUGAUUUGGGUUGCAACGGCUUAACAUUGACAGAGGACCUUAUUAAUGAAAUGUGCCGAUUUGGCGCGGCAGAGCUGCAUGCUGUCGCUGCAUUUGUCGGAGGAAUUGCAUCUCAAGAGGUUAUCAAGCUUCUAACAAAGCAGUUUGUUCCCAUGUCUGGCACUUAUGUAUUCAAUGGCAUUGAUCAUAAGUCUCAGUUGUUGACACUGUAUUAGAUGAUUGAGUGGCAAUUAUUUUCAAGUAUAGCUGUCCUGCUCCAUUUAUAAAGGGUUUUUGGGAUCGGGACACUAUUUGCAUCUUUGCGAGGCAUAGCUACAUGGUUUGAUGAACAGAUUUAAUGAUGCUAAAGUUCGUGUAACUUGAUUCAAAUCAAACAGGUAGUGAAAAGCAAGGGAAGGAUGAUAACUGAAUUGAAGAGUACCAUGGAUGUCAUCAUUUAAUUUCUCUUAUCCACACCUCUAUUAUUUUC